AGAGAGAGAGAGAGAGAGAGCGAUGAACAAGGAAUGUGCCACUAAUAAGAAACCGGAGCGUCGUUGAGGACGCAAGAGAGGAGGGCAAAAGAAGGAACGGCUGAAGAAAAACGACCAGAAAUGCGUUAAAAAGUAUCGAAGGGGGGACAAAAGGGGCAAUACACAGCCAACACGUGAAUGGAAGGAUUAUAAUCCACCGUUGGAGGGAUUUUGACGCUCCCCAUGAGGAGAUUUGAACCAUGCAUGGACUGCUGCUGCUUCUGAGUUUGGCGUUGAGUUUCCACAGAGUGCGGACGGCGCGGUUCUCUCAGGAGCCUGCAGACCAGUCAGUGGUUCUGGGCCAGAGGGUGGUCCUGUCCUGCGUGGUCUUCAACUAUUCGGGCAUUGUGCAGUGGACCAAGGAUGGGCUGGCCUUAGGCAUCGGAGAAGACCUCCGGGCCUGGCCCCGGUAUCGUGUGUUAAGGCUGGUGGAUGUUGGGCAGUAUAAUCUGGAGAUCUCGGCCGCUGAACUCUCAGAUGACUCUCUCUACGAGUGCCAGGCGACGGAGGCUGCGCUGCGCUCACGACGGGCCAAACUCACCGUCCUCAUUCCUCCCGAUGAGCCGGUGAUUGAGGGGUCCCCGGAGAUCCUCCUCACAGCAGGGGUUCCCUAUAACAUGAGCUGUGUGUCCCGUGGAGCCAAACCUGCCUCCGUCAUAGAGUGGCAGAAAGACGGCCUGCCGAUAGAAGGGACUGUCAGCACCACGGAGGUGCUUCAAGACAGGAAACGCGUGACCACACGCAGCUUCCUGCCCAUUCUACCAGUGGAUACAGACACUGGGAAGAACUUCACCUGUGUGGCUACUAACCUGGCCGUGCCGAUGGGCAAACGGACCACUAUCACCCUCAACGUACACCACCCUCCAGUGGUGACGUUAUCCAUUGAGCCUCGCUCCGUAUUGGAAGGAGAGAGAGUGACCUUCACCUGCCAAGCCACUGCCAACCCACCUAUUAUGGGUUAUAAGUGGGCAAAGGGAGGUGUGGUCAUACAGGGGGCGAGAGAGAGUGUUUUUUUCACCAAGGCGGAUCACUCUUUCUUCACCGAGCCUGUGUCCUGCCAGGUGUUCAAUGCCGUGGGCAGCACUAAUGUCAGUAUACUCGUCGAUGUCCACUUUGGGCCUAUCCUGGUUGUAGAGCCUAAACCAGUAACGGUGGACUUAGACUCGGACGUCACUUUAAAUUGCAAGUGGGCUGGAAAUCCUCCGCUCACACUAACCUGGACAAAGAAGGGUUCAAGCAUGGUUUUGAGUAAUAAUAACCAGCUCUAUCUGAAGUCAGUAAGUCAGGCAGAUGCUGGUCAGUAUGUGUGUAAGGCCAUCGUGCCUAGGAUCGGAGUGGGCGAGACAGAGGUCACACUCACUGUCAACGGUCCACCCAUCAUCUCCAGCGAACCGGUCCAGUAUGCAGUUCGAGGGGAGAGAGGGGAAGUCAAGUGUUAUAUUGCCAGCACCCCUCCCCCUGACAAGAUUGUGUGGGCAUGGAAGGAGAACGUGUGGGAAAAGGAGAAGGGGACCCUAUCAGAACGAUACACGGUAGAACAGAGCAAACUGAGCUCGCAGGGUGGCGCAGUGCUGUCUACCCUCACCAUCAACAACGUCAUGGAGUCAGACUUCCAGUCGACGUACAACUGCACUGCGUGGAAUUCAUUCGGCCCGGGGACCAUGAUCAUCACACUGGAGGAGACCGAGAUAGUUCCAGUCGGGAUCAUUGCGGGCGGCACCGUCGGCUGUUCGAUUCUGCUUCUCCUGUGUUUACUAGCGUUAGUGCUGUUUUUGUACCGGCAACGCAAAGGAAGUCGUCGAGGGGUCACGCUCGGCAAGCCAGAUAUCAAGGUGGAGACCAUAAACAAAGAGACCCACAGCCUGGAGGAAGACUCGGGUAGCGUCUCCACUGCAACACGCAUGGUUAAGGCCAUGUACUCUUUUUUACCUUCUGUGACCCUCUCUCCCUCCUCCCAGCCUUUUAAGGAUGACAUUGACCUCAAACAGGAGUUACGCAGUGACACGCUGGACACGCGCCAGGACUAUGAGCUCAAGGACCCAACAAACGGCUACUACAACGUGCGAGCUUCCACCCACGAUGAGGGACGUCCCGCCUCCCGAUCCAUGCACUACUCAGACUAUCGCACCUCGGGCCAGCCAGGGGGCGCUGCGGCCGUUGUUAGCAGUAGCUCAGGAGCUCCAGGAGCCACGGCAGGUCCGGGAACACCGAGCAGUUUGGCUCCGGGGUCACGAGCGGGCUGCUACGACCCUCGUCCUCCCUCCAGACUCUCACACAACAGCUAUGCCCAAUUCAACACGUUCACCCGCGCUGGGCAGUCCCAGCAGCCUCCGCCCAGUUCUGGCCCACAGACUAGCGACUUCCCUGCUGAAUGCAGCCUCUUGGACUCGACCGCACAGCUCGGAUAUGAGAAUUAUGGCUACCCGUCGCACUAUCCGGCGUUUCGGAUGGGUUUCGCUCCGCCCAGCCUCGCCCCGUUAGAAGGCGGGCCGGCUUAUGAGAUGUACGGGGUCGGGCCGAGCGUCGGCGCAGGAGGCGCCACCGGGACCCCAGAAACUGGACUUGGGAAAUACGGCAGUUCCACACGGUUCUCCUACACCUCCCAGCAUUCCGAUUAUUCCCACCGACACACACAGAGGAUGCAGACACAUGUGUAAGAGAGAAGCAUCACGUGCACGUAACACAAGUUACGCUGAUGUAUAAGUACACACACUUACACAGAUACACAGGACGGAGAUAAUGAAUGAACCACAGAUAAACACAGGAGGGUGAACGAGCGAAGUAAACACAGGCCGAGAAAAGAGAACGGGAUGCGGGGCAGGAGAGUCUUAGCGUUUAUUUCUCAGCUGCAGGAGCUGA